AUGUACCAUCAGCCUGGUCGGGCUUUUCGGUUGCUUUGUGAGGAAACUUUUGAGCAAGUUCGGGAGAUCGAUAUCCCUUUUCGACCCAUUGAUAUGAGUUUAGUUGUAAUUGGUUCUUGUAAUGGUUUGUUGUGCCUCUCUGAUUCUCAUAGGUUUGGCACGGUCAUAUAUGUGUGCAACCCUUACAUAAGACGAUAUAAGGUCAUAAACCAUCCGAUCACUGGGGUUGUCGGAUCGUCGGACCCAAGAAAUGAUCAUACUACUUUAGGGUUUGGAUACUAUGAUAAGACCGACGACUACAAGAUCAUUAGAAUUGUAGCCCCAGGUGAUGAACAUGAUGACUAUUUGGAUUUGAGUUUCAAGUAUCACGAAACUGCACAACAUACUAAAGUUGAGGUUUAUUCGUCGAUCACUAACUCUUGGAAGAACGUCGAGAUGGAGGGCUUCUCGUGGAGCAUGUACGAUAUCAAGUCUAGACUAGUAGUCUGUGACUCAGUUCAUUGGAAGGCAUUCUAUAGAGACACCAACAAGGACGUAAUGGUGAUCCUCGCCUUCCAUCUUGGAAACGAGACGUUCCAACAAAUAAGGUUUCCUAAUUAUGAAGUCGAUGGCGAGGACUUGACGAAAUGCAUCACCCUUUAUAAGGGACACCUUUCUCUAUUUUUGUUCAAUCUUGUGGAUCAUCAACAUCCUUGGCAAGAGCAAUAUUGCUACUUGUGGGUCAUGAAGGAGUAUGGAGUGUACAGUUCUUGGACUAAGACGCUCACCAUGACGGUAGCUCCUGGAGUUGUCAGGCCUCUCGGCUUUACUAGAAAUGAUGAAAUUAUAUUUGAAGAUUACGAACAAGACUUGGUUGUGUGUCAUUUCGAUAGUAGCACAGCCAAAGCCCUCAAAGUCGAGGCGAUGGGUCUCCUCUACCUCGGGUCGUACAUGGAUAGCCUAGUCUUGCUCUAG